AUGGAUGAGGAGGAGGCUCCGCCGCCUUAUUCGGCCGAUGACCCUUUGACCUCUACAGAUCACAGUCGCAAUGGGGAUUCGCAAGAUGGGCAACCGGUGCGGGGAUCGAUGUCAAGUACGAAUUCUGCAACGAGCUCGCACGCGAGUCGAUCUACUACAGCUGCGUGGUCGGCGAUAGGUCCUACCCACUUCACAUCUGCAGCCGCCUAUUUCGUGGAGCGCCGACCCACGACCGUCGAUAACAGUCGAGACCUGUUGCAUCAUUCGAUGACAAUAUACCCUCGCAGCUCAAUCAAGGACUUUCCUCGACGACCUCGCUGCUGGAGCGCGCGAGUGGAAGAGGUGGCCCAGCAGGACUGGGACAUGUUCUUGCGGCACCUUUUCCCACCACAAUUGGGCCCGGCCGCUGCCUCGCAACAUCUGCCGCGACAACUGCGCGCAGAGAUUCAACGUGAUCGUAAAGAUCGCCCGCAAGAAACAGAUGAGCAGCGCCAAGCACGUAUUGCGGCGGUGGUGGAUGAAUGGAACCAAUGCUUCUUCGAGCCGCGGGCGACUCGCAUCAGUUUCGUCUACAUUGGGGAGUCUGAGACAGCGCCGUCUUCCGCGCUGUGUCCCCGAUGCUAUCCAGCUGCUACAAGAGCAAAUCAUCAACCUGGAAGUGAUGGGCAACAGACCCCCAGCUCUCAUCAUGGGCCUCUUGCGGCAGGCUAUCCGGCUCAUCCGUUCAAUGGCUGGUCCACUCCUAUAAACCAAAUUCAAUUUCCGUACCCGCAGCAAGCACCUUAUGGCUCGUAUGGUAUGAUACCUGCCUUUCCGUUCUCUGGUGGCCCCCCACCCAACCACCUGUCUCCCCAAUACAUCCCACCUAAUCUAUAUCCUCCGGGCAUGCAGCAGUGGCAAUGGAACAAUUGGCCUUACAACCAGCAACAAUAUGCAGCGCAGCGCCCCGAGAAAAGCAGCGGAACCUUUGGCUGGAUCUCUUCUCUUACAUCUCAAGCUCAGAAGUAUGGAGAGCGAUUUGCUGAGCAAGCCCAGCAUUACGGUGAUCAGAUUAGUACGCAGGCUAUGCACUAUGGCCGACGGGUGGAGGAUCAAGCCCUUGCGCAUGGGCGGUGGAUUGAAGAGCAGGCUCGGCUUCAUGGUCGCAAGCAGGGCGCAUAUCCUCCUGCACCAUACGCCAUACAGCAACCCUAUCCAAGUUCCGGGCAAAUAUCGGGGGCUCCCCAAAACACAGCCUCCACCUCGAGUGGCGUUGAAAGUCCGUCCCAGCCCAUUACCGAGAACCCCGACGCUCAAGCCGGGACCCCAAAUUCUCAAGAAGAGAUCGCGGGGCGCGAUCAUAGUCAGGUCAACGAUGGGACCAGGCCCGAGAAAACGGACGACAUUGUGCAGGUCCUUCAUCGUACCUCGUUUGACUCAAUCUCGUCUGAAUCCUCCCUGGAUUCUAUUGACUCGAUUUCAACGACAUCCGAUCUGACUCCUGCUGAUCUUGCCGCUGUUCGCCUACAACUGCAAGACCUGAAUAACGGCAACGAUCGUACCAAGUAUGACGCAGCGCUUGAUCUUCGACAGCAGUUGUACACGCUCCAAGAGUCAAGACGUGAAGCGAAGGUAUCAGUUGUGCAGAACUGGCGUCGAAGACUCGGUCAUUUCCCGGGUAAUGGUACGGACAGCAGUGACUGGGGCUGCUGGGACUCGCCAGAGCAACAAGCACGUCAAGUGGCCGAGCGCCGUGCCAUGAAGGACGAGGUCCGACACACUCAACAGGCUUUCCGAGAUUUGGUUCUACAUGCGCGAAAUGAGAAGCGCAAUAGAAGGUUGGCUCGACAGAACCGCCAAAGGCAGACUUCGUCAAAUGCAGGGCCAGCUGUUGAACAUACUAAACCACUUGAAGGGUGUAUGGCAAGUCUGUCUUUAGGAAGCUCUCAAUCUGCAACGACAGCAUAUGCCAAUUCUCGAGCUGUUUCCUCUUCCAUGUCGAGCCGCAGCGUGUCAACUUUGCCCAGCGAAGUCACAGAGCCCAGUGUGGGUUCUGUAUCCGAAACCGCGCCUUCCAAGUCAAUCGACAACAACGAUAUACGUAAGGAAGACACUCAAAGAGAGGAGAAGAAGAGUCGAACUCAUGGCCGACUCAAAGAGAUUCUAAGACCGUUGGGAUCCAAAAAGCAGCCACAAGACAAACACUCAAAGAAAGCCAAGGAACCAAAUAGGGACGGAGAUACCACAUAA